ACCCUCCCACUCUGUCGCCCAUCUCAGGCAACAACAUUCUAUUUUCCCAUUUCUGUUUACAAUCGACAUAAACAUAGUCACACAAAAACACAAAAAAAAACUCUCUUGUCAGGUCUCAAUGGCUCCCUCAGACCAAUCUCGCCACUCUCUUGUUCCUGGAUUCUUAUACUCAUCAAAAACACUGUCCCAUUUGAGUAAUAACACCAAUCAUGGGUUACCAUUGCUACCAUCAUCAUCAUCAUCGUUGCCAGCGCAAAAUGGGGCCAAGAAUCCUGUGAUCCUUUCACCAAAAGAGAAAAUCCGCAUGUUUUCUCCUGCUUACUAUGGAGCAUGCAGUGCCGGCGGGGUCUUCAGUUGUGGACUCACCCACAUGGCUGUCACUCCUCUCGAUCUUGUCAAGUGCAACAUGCAGAUUGAUCCCGUAAAGUACAAGAACAUCACAUCAGGAUUUGGAGUGUUACUGAAGGAGCAGGGUGCUAAAGGUUUCUUCAGGGGAUGGGUGCCUACUCUGCUGGGGUACAGUGCUCAAGGAGCAUGCAAGUUUGGGUUUUAUGAGUUCUUCAAGAAGUAUUACUCAGACCUUGCAGGAGCCGAGAAUGCAGUGAAGUACAAAACGAUCAUAUAUCUAGCUGGUUCUGCUUCAGCUGAAGUUAUUGCUGAUAUUGCCCUUUGCCCUAUGGAGGCUGUCAAAGUUCGUGUACAAACUCAGCCUGGCUUUGCUCGAGGUUUGUCUGAUGGGUUGCCCAAGUUUAUCAAGGCUGAGGGUUUUUCUGGGUUGUAUAAAGGUAUAGUUCCUCUUUGGGGCCGUCAAAUUCCAUACACGAUGAUGAAAUUUGCUUCCUUUGAGACGGUUGUGGAGAUGAUUUACAAAAACGUGAUCCCAAUCCCGAAGGAGAAGUGCAGCAAAAAUAAGCAGCUUGGAGUGAGUUUUGCAGCUGGGUACAUAGCAGGUGUGCUGUGUGCAGUUGUCUCACAUCCUGCCGACAACCUCGUUUCUUUUCUCAACAAUGCCAAGGGAGCCACGAUUGGUGAUGCUGUGAAGAAGAUUGGGGUGGUUGGUCUUUUCACUCGUGGCCUUCCUCUUCGUAUAGUUAUGAUCGGAACACUAACCGGAGCACAGUGGGGACUCUAUGAUUCGUUUAAAGUAUUCGUAGGACUGCCUACUACUGGAGGAAGUGCUCCUGCACCGGUUAAGUAGAAAUCACAGAUACUAGGGAAAUGCGAAAGGGGAUUUUUUUUGUCAAAAAUAAUCUAUGUUCAGAUUUUGUUCUUCGUUUAUUUUUCUUCAAAUUGUAUUUGAUUCUUAGCUCGGUUGUGAAAAGGAGAGAGAGAAUCUUGUUUCCACGGGCAUGAGAAUUGUGUUUUAUGGAAUGUAGCAACUAUUUUUCCUAAUUUAA